AAUAUUUCAUCUUCUCAAAAAAAUCAAAACUUUACGCUCCAUCUUUUUCUUUUCUGUUUCCGUCCAAAUUGGUUAGCACUUCGCUAAGAGUUCUACCGAAGUUUACUCUCUUAACCGGUGGUCGAUACAGUCAAACUAUUCCGAUCUGUCGACCGUCAUCUCCGUGCAAUUCGUCGCUGGAAACAGGUAGUGUGUGUAACCAGUGAAAAAUAGGUGUAAACAUGGAAUCGCCGGUCGCCAAUAAUUUGACGGAUGAAUCUCCUCGUCGUGGAUCUAGAACUCCAAGGCUAUUCAUUAAAGAGAUGGUCAUGAGAAACUUCAAAUCUUACGCCGGCGAACAGCGUGUUGGCCCCUUUCAUAAGAGCUUUUCGGCAGUUGUUGGUCCUAAUGGUAGUGGCAAGAGUAACGUAAUUGAUGCAAUGUUGUUCGUGUUCGGAAAGAGAGCCAAACAGAUGCGUCUUAAUAAAGUCUCAGAGCUCAUCCAUAAUUCAACUAAUCACCAGAAUUUGGAGAGUGCUGGCGUGUCUGUUCAUUUCCAGGAGAUAAUAGAUUUGGAUGGCGAGGCAUAUGAAGCUGUUCCUGGAAGUGAUUUCGUGAUUACACGUGUGGCAUUCCGAGAUAAUUCCUCUAAGUACUUUAUCAAUGACCGGUCAAGUAACUUUACAGAGGUCACCAAGAAACUGAAAGGGAAAGGUGUCGACUUGGAUAAUAAUCGGUUUUUGAUUUUGCAGGGUGAGGUUGAGCAAAUAUCACUGAUGAAGCCAAAGGCACAAGGUGCCCAUGAUGAAGGCUUUCUAGAGUAUCUAGAAGAUAUUAUAGGAACCAAUAAAUAUGUUGAGAUGAUUGAAGAAUCGUUUAAGCAGCUAGAAUCCCUCAACGAAAGAAGGUCUGGCGUUGUUCAGAUGGUCAAGCUAGCAGAGAAAGAAAGAGAUAACUUGGAGGGUGUGAAGAAUGAAGCUGAAGCCUACAUGCUUAAAGAAUUAUCAUUGUUAAAAUGGCAAGAGAAAGCAACAAAUUUGGCCUUUGAAGAUAAUUCAGCUCGAAUUUCAGAGAUGCAGGAAAACAUUUCUGGACAGGAAGAGGACCUUAAAAUAGAGAGGGAGAAAAUUCGAGAAAGUAAAAAAACAUUGAAGGAGCUUGAAGCGAAGCAUUCAAAGCAUUUUAAAAAACAAGAGGAGCUUGAUAACAGUUUGAGGCGCUGCAAGGACGAGUUCAAGGAAUUUGAGAGGCAAGAUGUAAAAUACCGAGAAGAUUUAAGUCACCUGAAGCAGAAGAUAAAGAAGCUUAAUGAUAAAGUUGAUAAGGAUUCCACAAAAAUUACUGACCUAACAAAGGACUGUGAGGAGGCAGCAAUUCUGAUUCCAAAACUGGAGGAAGAUAUUCCCAAACUACAACAACUUUUGGUGGAUGAGGAAAAGAUCUUAGAGGAAAUUCAGGAUAAUUCUAAAGUUGAGACUGAGGUUUUUCGAAGUGAGCUUGCUGAUGUUCGUGCUGAACUCGAGCCUUGGGAAAAACUACUAAUCGAGCACAAGGGAAAACUUGAAGUUGCAUCAACUGAAAGUAAACUUCUGACUGAAAAGCAUGAGGCUGCUCGUGUUGCUUAUGUGGAAGCUCAAGAGCAGAUUGUGGAAAUACAGAAAAGACUAGAGAUGAAAUCGACUAGCAUAAAUGACGCCAGGAGUGAGCUUGAGAAUCUGAAGCUUAAAGCAUCUGAAGCUCGAAAUCUGGAACAAGAAUGCCUUCAGGAACAAGAAAGAUUGAUUCCACUUGAACAAGUUGCUCGACAAAAACUUUCCGAGCUUUUAUCUGUAAUGGAAUCUGAAAAGAGUCAGGGAUCAGUUCUUAAAGCAAUAUUGCAUGCUAAGGAGGCAAAUCAUAUACAGGGUAUUUAUGGUAGAAUGGGUGAUUUGGGUGCUAUUGAUGGUUAGUUUAAUGAAAUUACGGGGCAANAUGUUGCCAUAUCAACCGCUUGUCCUGGACUAGACUAUAUUGUAGUCGAGACUACUGCAGCAGCCCAAGCUUGUGUUGAGUUACUUCGCAACAAAAAUCUCGGUGUUGCAACUUUCAUGAUUUUGGAAAAGCAAACUGCUCAUUUGCCUAGAAUCAAACAGAAAGUAAGUACGCCAGAAGGGGUUCCACGCCUUUUUGAUUUAAUUAAGGUCCAAGACGAGAGAAUGAAACUUGCAUUUUUUGCAGCACUAGGAAACACAGUUGUUGCCAAAGAUAUUGAUCAGGCUACACAUAUUGCCUAUGGUGGGGACAAAGAAUUUCGGCGUGUUGUAACUCUUGAUGGAGCCCUUUUUGAAAAAUCUGGGACGAUGAGUGGUGGUGGGGGUAAGCCACGAGGUGGGAAGAUGGGCACAUCUAUCUUAGCUGCUAGUGUUUCUCCAGAAGCUGUGUCCAAGGCGGAAAAUGAUCUUUCGACAUUGGUUGAAAGUUUGGAAAAUAUACGGAGAAGAAUUACUGAUGCGGUGAAGUGUUAUCAGGCCUCAGAGAAGGCUGUUACUCAACUUGAGAUGGAAUUAGCAAAAAGCGUCAAGGAGAUUGACAGCCUAAAGUCCCAACAUAAUGAUUUGAUAAAGCAACUGGAUACCUUAAGGAUUGCAUCGGAACCCAGAAAGGAGGAAGUUAGAAGAUUGAAAGAACUCAAAAAAAUAAUGUCUGCUGAAGAAAAGGAAAUGGACAGGCUUACACAAAGUUCACAACAGUUAAAAAAGAAGGCUUCAGAACUUCAGAAUAAAAUAGAGAAUGCAGGUGGUGAGCGCUUGAAAAGUCAAAAGGCAAAGGUUACCAAAAUUCAAUCUGACAUUGAUAAAAAAGGCACAGAGAUCAAUCGUCACAAAGUUAAGAUAGAAACAGGACAGAAAAUGAUUAAAAAACUCACAAAAGGGAUUGAGGAAUCAACAAAAGAGAAGGAAAGACUGGUUGCCGAGAAAGAGAAGUUGCUUUGCACUUUUAAAGAGAUUGAACAGAAAGCUUUUGUUGUUAAAGAGGACUAUAAUAAGAUACAGGAGCUUAUUGAUCAGCACUCCAGUGCUCUGAAUGAUGCUAAAAAUGAGUAUGAAACUCUGAAGAAGACAGUGGAUCAAUUGCGUUCGACAGAGGUGGAUGCUGAGUACAAGUUACAAGAUAUGAAGAAGGUCUAUAAAGACUUGGAGCUCAAAGGGAAAGGAUAUAAGAAAAAGCUCGAUGAUUUGCUUGUUGCUAUCUCAAAGCAUAUUGAGCAGAUUCAAAAGGACUUGGUGGAUCCAGAAAAGCUUCAAACAACUCUGAGGGAUGGAACUCUUGUUGAGACUUGUGAUCUUAAGAGAGCUCUAGAGAUGGUUGUGAUUCUAGAAGCACAACUGAAAGAGAUGAACCCAAAUCUCGACUCAAUCUCUGAGUAUCGGAGCAAAGCAUCUGUGUACAAUGAGAGAGUUCAAGAACUAAAUUCUGUUACCCAAGAGCGCGAUGAUAUAAAGAAGCAAUAUGACGAGUGGAGAAAGAGAAGGUUGGAUGAGUUUAUGGCGGGUUUUAAUACCAUAUCGUUGAAGCUCAAAGAAAUGUAUCAGAUGAUCACCCUUGGAGGUGAUGCCGAACUGGAGUUAGUGGACUCUCUUGAUCCGUUCUCUGAAGGUGUCGUUUUCAGUGUCAGACCACCAAAGAAGAGCUGGAAGAAUAUUGCUAACUUAUCAGGUGGUGAAAAGACUCUCAGCUCAUUGGCUCUUGUUUUUGCACUCCACCACUAUAAACCUACUCCACUUUAUGUAAUGGAUGAGAUUGAUGCUGCUUUAGAUUUUAAGAAUGUCUCUAUCGUGGGACAUUAUGUGAAGGACAGAACAAAGGAUGCACAGUUUAUAAUCAUAAGCCUUAGGAACAACAUGUUUGAGCUGGCUGAUCGGCUUAUUGGCAUCUACAAAACAGAUAACUGCACAAAGAGUAUCACCAUUAACCCAGGAAGCUUUGUAGUUUCUCAGAAAGCUGCUUGAGUUGGUUCAAGAAAUACUGAUAGUAGAAAUCCCUAUGUUUCAAUCUCUCCAUGCUACUAGAAUAGUUCUCUGUUCUGUAUUUUUGUGUGCAGUAUUGCUGUGUAUAUUAGUAAUAACUAUCACACAAACAAUACUUCUGAUAUGUUCAAAAGAUGUUCAGUAAGUGCCGAUCAAUUGGUUCAGUUUCGCGUCAUAAUUGAUUUCGGGCAUCAAAUAUAAUGCAGCAAUUCUUAUGCC